CCACCCACCAGGGGACCCGUUCCCCUGCUCCGGCGCGUCCUCUCUUGCCUCCCCCGCGCGACUCGCACCUCGGAUCGCCCCCGCCGGGGCCGGACUCCCACCGCUCCCGGCCGCCGCGGGGAAGGCGGCGGCGAAGGGCACCGGGCAGCGCCGGCCGGCACCGGGACCAUGGGCGCGAAGCAGAGCAGCCCCACCGCCGCCAACGGCCGCACCCGGGCGUACUCGGGUGGGGAUCUACCUUCCUCCAGUAGCAGCAGCAGCGGCGGCGCUAACGGGACCGGCGGGCGCUCAGCGGGCGCCGGCGGGCGGUACUCGCACCUGGCGGCGGCGCCUCAUGCCGCUCCCGGCGGUGCGGCGGCUGCAGGAGCAGCAGCGGCGGCGGGGAGUGCCGCGGGAACGGCCACCCGGAGCCGGUCCUUAGGGGGGGCCGCCGCCCCUGGUGCCCGGGCCGCGCAGUCCGCCUUCAACAUCCCUCACAGCAGCGGCCCUUACGGCUCGCAGGACUCAGUCAGCAGCACCCCAGAGGAGGGCGGCCGGGAGCGGCCCGCGGGGGGCGGCGGCGGCUCCUCCGGAGGGCCCCGGCUGGUGAUCGGCUCGCUGCCCGCCCACCUCUCGCCGCACCUGUUCGGAGGAUUCAAGUGCCCUGUAUGUUCAAAAUUUGUGUCUUCUGACGAAAUGGAUUUACAUCUUGUGAUGUGUUUGACAAAACCAAGGAUAACCUACAAUGAGGAUGUUCUGAGUAAAGAUGCUGGGGAGUGUGCAAUAUGCCUGGAGGAGCUGCAGCAAGGAGAUACAAUAGCACGGCUGCCUUGUCUCUGCAUAUAUCAUAAAGGCUGCAUAGAUGAAUGGUUUGAAGUAAAUAGAUCUUGUCCUGAGCAUCCAUCUGAUUAAGACCAGAUUCAUGAUUUUAGCUGCUUCCACUGAUCAGACAACACAGGAGAUGCGAGGUUCCCUUGCUGAGCACAGCGUGCCUGGCUUGAGAUCUGCAGUUCUUUGUGGCUGAAAAAAAGGCAAAGAUGGACAGUGAGACAGGAAGAACACUGCAGACAGCAGUUCCUUGCCAGCAGAGCUUGGUCCACCAAACACUCAUGCAAAGGACACACAGGGCUUUGGAAAAUGCUGCACGCUGGGUAACAAUCAACUCCCCACAGACAUUCCUGACACUCUUUUGUACCGAAGGCCAAAGUUCCUCGUUUCAGCCUCACUUGUGGUUCUGUGGUGAAGCAGGUUAUUGGACAUGUUUGCUGCUGCCUCAGGUGGGAGUGGAGACACGAGAUCCGUGCUGGCUGAGCCCCUGGCAGGAGGAUGGCCCCGCUUUGGAGUGGGAAUGUGUUCACCUUCUUGUUGGCUGAAGAAGAGUAAAUGGCAAACUAAAUAUAAUCUAACAGUGUGACCUUAAUUUGCCGAUUUCACACUCUGGUUUCUGUUGUUCUCUUUUUUCAAGAACAAAAAAAACUUCUCUGCAUAGGAAUAUGAGAUUUCCAAACUUUCUAACUAAACCUUUGUCACAAUGCAGUCCAAAGAGUGAAACCAAGGCAGGUAACUGAUUUAUGUCCAUCACGCUAGAGGUUGAAAUCUGCACAUCGUAUUGCUGUUUAAUUAACUCAAACUUCUCUUUUACUGCUUGUGAGUAACAACAACAACAACAAAAUAAUGCAGCAAAGCAAAAUCUUAACAGCUAUGCAACUUUUUUUUUAAAUAGGAAAAGAAAAAGACAAAUAAUGACCAGUUUUAAGUGCUGCCAGUUAAGGUAAUUUGUUUAACGGGUAUUUUUUUAAAGAUGUUUCAGGUAAUUAUUAUUUCGUUUGUACUACUCUCAUGUCCAGGCUGCCUCCUGAACUGCAAACAUGGGCACAGUGAGAGGUUUUUAUAGGCAUGGGUGAAAUAACAUCGAGGUGGGAUUUGUGUUUAGGUUUUUCAAACACAGAGUUUUUAUUUCCUUAUUUGAAUGUUUUAGGGGUUUGGGUUUUUUUAAUGGCAAGAUCCAUAGUUCUUUGCAUCCUUGGCCUCUUCACAGCACCUGACAGCGUGCUUUGUGGCUUUGUUUUGGUUUCAUUUUGUUUAAUUUAUUAAUUAUUUUCCUGGUUUAGAUAUUGGUCUAACCAGGGCUCUGCAGGGUGCAGUAGAACUGUGGAGAAGUUCCCAUAAAGUAUCAGAGUUAAAAAAGAAAGCAGGGAAAAAGGGGGGGGGUGUGAGAAUAAAAAAGAUAAUAAACUGGAACACAUAUCAGGGCACAGAAGCAUAGUUUUUAUAUCAAGAAUUAAUCAGAGUAGAAAUCUGAAUAGAUUGAGUCACCUGAAUUUGCCAGCACAGGGAAGAAUUUCUGACUGUUCUUUGUCAGGGACAGCAUUUUUAGUGGGUCUUAAUAAUUAAAAGAAAUUGUACAACGCUUGGAACAUUUUUCUUCUACACACAGAAUUCUGCUUUUCUUUUUUUUUCCCAAACACUUAUUUCUCUCUUGCAACUGUGAUUCAUAUCAAAAAGGGCAAAGAACAAGAGCAACUGCUGCUAUCUGGAGACCAAGUGCAGUGCGUGCUGUUAAACUCUCCUGUCUUGCUUGCAGACAGAGCAUUUCUUGCCAGGGUCACACUUUCUCCUGAAUGUUGCUCUGUAAAAUGCCUUUGGCAUACUGCAAAUCUGAAGGAGUCCAAACUAGCUGAUUGUCAUCAUCACCCCUGCAGUUUCUAUAUUUUUUGGGCUUGCAUCACUAGUUUCAGCUGAGCCUGUAACUGUGGGGCCCUGUUGUAUUCUCUUUUUCAGUGGGAGCAGAUUCAUUUUGUCACACUUGUGUAGUCACAUCCAAUGUACAGUUGUUCCCUGUACAGAUUCCCUUUUUUAGCCAACAAUGUUUGUGUUGCCUUGCAUUGUCCUGGGGAGAAGGGAGGGGGGUGAGGAAUUACAGCACCCUGGAAUACUCUAAUAGUGGUGUUGCCUGCAGGGCCACUUUUCCAGUGUUUGAAAUUCAUGCUGUCUUCUGAAAGGAAAGCAUUUGCAUCCAUUUCAUGUUUCCUGUUGGCUUGAUGCCUACAGAAACUCACCUGUAGCAAUGUAAAGGGCGUAGGUAAGUGUUUUGGUGUCCUGUGCUCUGAGGUCAUAGAUAGCCUUUGGCUUGGGGAUUCAGUAGGUAAAUAUUCUAAACAGAAAUCUGUUUACACCUUAAGCUCUGUAGUUCAUAUUUCUAGUUCCUUUACUGGUUUGGGUUUUUGGGGUUUUGUGGUUUUUUUCAUAACCCUUCAUUUUCUGUGUUCAGAUGCAAGAAGCUGGUUUAAAGACCCAGCAGUUACUUCUGCUGCCCCACAUUUAGGAGCAGUGUUUGAGAAGCACACCACAAGCAGCCAUGUGUGGUGAUGCAGGCAAGAGGCUGUUGCUGCUUCUAUCAGCACAACAGAGCAGCAAGAGCCUGGGUUAUUUGAGGAGCUGAUAGCAGGUCAGCCUUAGAUAUCCCCAUUUGGCAUUCUUGGUGUCCAUAAAUCUAUCCUGAAAGCCUACAGGAGGUUUUUCUUGUAUUAAAACUUGUAAUAUAGACCAAACCUAGAAUGACCCUGGAAGCAUGAGAGAGGUUCCGAGGUUUGAAGAUGUCUGUGGAGAUUCCCCUUAGUUAGCUUUCUGUCACCAGCUGUGCUGGUCAGUUGGCAGUGACCAUGCAGCAGCUCUAGUUGCAGGCAACACCUUCAUUUUGCAAACAUCCUCACAGUGCUCCUGAAUCAUUGUGCUUCAGAAGGGGAAAGCAAACACCAAACCAGUCUCAGCUGAGGACCACCACAUGAGAAGCAAUAACUUGAAUUCCAGUGUGAUGUGCUUCUUUCUGUAAAUACAUUGAGAUUGCCAAUUCUGUGCUGUUUCAGAGUAUUUCCUGUCCUUCCCUAAGUAUGUAAGGGUGUGGAAUCAUUCCCAUACUCAGGUCUGCCAUAAACAUGCUGCUUGCCAGAAGGGCCACUGGUAUGAGCAAAGCAACAUGAGAGGUUGUAGCCGGAAGAGCAGGACGUGUUACGGAUUUGCUACAACCCAGCCAAAUGUGUUGUGUUAUUUUUUUCCUGCAGCAGUCAUUAGCUUGUGUUACUUCUUGUCCUUCAGAGCGCUCUGCAUGAGAAAUUCACAACAGAACUAUCUCCAGGGUUCAUUUCCUGAAUGUAAAAUUUAGGAUGUUUCUUCAUUUAAAUUAACCUACUUCUAAAAGCAGGUCGGAGGUGUUUUGGCCUGUGGAGCGGGGCUAGGGAAAGCCCAGUCCUUGCCCUCAGGAUGUCUCAAGUUGCAUUUGGUUAUCUUACCACACAGUGUGGCUGACUUCUCAAGCAGCCACCUUGUGUUUUGUGAAGUCAUUUUCCAAUGAAGCGCCAGAGCUGCUGCUGAGAGAAAUUCCAAAAUGACCUGGCUGUGGAGCAUUACGAGCUGCUGAAGGCUUGCUCAGGUAAACCAUUGCAGGAAUAGCCCACAUCUGGAAAAGACUGCACUUGGGUCUGUCUUUGAUCUAGUAGGUUGGCAGUGUACAAGAAGUAGAAGGCAGCAAGCCUGCUAGCUGAUCUUUCUGACAGCUUUUAAUCUCUGUACGUUUGUUUGAGAGACUUUUGCCCUUGGGCGUGCUUUGGCAAAGAUUUUGCAGCGAUAAGUAGGGUUUGCUUGGUUCUGGCAGUGUUUCAAGUGUAAGUAACCUGAUGUUGCAAGAACAUAAUCUGUUGCUGAAUCCUGUUCCUCUUGUUUUCCCUAAAAUCUCUCUCUUUCAUUGCUAAUUUGUUGUAUUUAAUAGUAAACCCUUCUCAGCCUGACUGGUCACAGGCUCUCAAGGUGUGAAAUGAUAACAGAAAAGAGAUGUCAAAUUGUGGUUCUGUGUUAUUCCUGUGUAUGUGAAGCUGAAGUAAUCAGGAAUUCUCUCCUAGCAGAUAUUGCCAAAGCAUGAUAACUUCCAAGGAAGCAGG